GACGAGCGACGUGCACACAUGCCACCAGUGUUUUCACAGCAUUAUGGCAACGGUUAAAGUCAGCGAGGCUGAAAAGGUCUACAUUUUACACGGUAUACGGGAUGAUUUGCGAGUGGAUGGAAGAGGCUGUGAGGACUACAGACACAUGGAAAUAGAGACCGAUGUGGUGUCCAACACAGACGGAUCAGCCAACGUCUCCCUGGGUCACACAGCAGUUCUAGUUGGGAUUAAGGCUGAAAUAGGAAAACCAAAGCCCAUGCUGCCAGAUGAAGGUUAUUUGGAGUUCUUCGUUGACUGUUCGGCCAAUGCGACGCCGGAAUUUGAGGGCAGAGGAGGUGAGGAGCUGGGGACGGAGCUGAGUAACACUCUCUACAAAGUCUUCAACAACAAACACAGUGUGGACCUUAAGAGCCUCUGUAUCAGUGCUGGAGAACACUGCUGGGUGCUUUAUGUGGAUGUGCUGCUCCUGCAGUGUGAUGGAAACCUGUACGAUGCCAUCUCAAUAGCUAUCAAGGCAGCUCUCUUCAACACAAAAAUUCCCAGAGUGCAUAUAUCAGCAGACGACGAAGGAGGAAAGGAAAUCGAGCUGUCAGACGACCCGUAUGACUGUGUGAGACUUAAUGUAGAAAACGUCCCCUGCAUAGUGACCUUGUGCAAGGUGGGUCACAGACAUGUGGUGGACGCGACUCUGCAGGAGAAGGCCUGCUCUGUGGCGAGCCUGAUCAUCUCUGUCACGCACAAGGGCACGGUCACCUGCACGAGGAAGGUGGGCGGAGGCAGCCUGGAUCCAGAGAGCAUCUUUGAAAUGACAGAGGCAGGUAAACGGGUCGGGAAAGCUCUUCAUGCUCCGCUCAUGAAGCUUCUGCAACAAGAGGAGAGUUUGGGAAAGAAGAGACAGAAAGUUGGCUUCCUUGGUUAAGAUCAAGUACUGUAUCUACAGUAUGUGUGUACAUGUAUACAUAAAUUUUCUAAUAAAACAUUUAAUUUUUA